UAACACAAUUAUAUUAGCACUUCCGCCUUUGACAUCGGUCUACCGGAGGUGUUCAUCUAAGUUAAUCCCAACCAUUAUCUCUUUGUUAUUUCCCAGUUUACUGCAUUGGAUUGCCGGUUAAAUUAUUAAAUUGCGAGACGAACUCGUAGCUUUAUCUUUUGAAUAUUGAUUAUGGUGUAAUUUGGAGCACUUUCUUUCUCUCCGACAAAACCGCAGCAGGUGAGCGAGAGGGUCCGGCCAUGCUGACGUUGGCGAGCAAGCUGAAGAGGGAUGAUGUGCGGGCCGGUCGGGCCCCCGGGGGCCCCUCGGACUCCAGCCACCGCGUGUCCGUCCGAGAUCGCCUGCUAAUCAAAGAGGUUGCAGAAUUGGAAGCCAAUCUUCCCAGCACCUGCAAAGUCACAUUUCCAGAUGUGAACAAGUUGCACCACUUUCAGCUGGCUAUAAGUCCAGAUGAAGGCUACUAUCAGAGUGGAAAAUUUCAGUUUGAAAUCGACGUCCCCGACGCCUACAACAUGGUGCCUCCAAAAGUCAAAUGCCUGACCAGAAUAUGGCACCCCAACAUCGCCGAGACGGGGGAGAUCUGCCUGAGUUUAUUGCGAGAGCACUCGAUUGAUGGCACAGGCUGGGCACCAACACGGACGUUAAAGGAUGUCGUGUGGGGGCUGAACUCGUUGUUUACCGAUUUGCUGAAUUUCGACGACCCGUUGAACAUAGAUGCUGCGGAGCACCACUUGCGGGAUAAGGAGGAUUUUAGAAACAAAGUUCAAGACUUCAUCAAGAACUAUGCGAGAUGAUGAGCGGCGCUGACCUCUUCCUCUUUCUGCCACAUGAUGCAGUGCGAUGCCAACCCACACGUCCCAGGGCACAACACCUGGCUUUCACCCAGACGGCACCAGUGACGACCCCCCCAGUCUCCCUCUACCCCCCAUAAAGCAUUAAAAAGACAAUUGGAAGAAAAUAUAAUGGGAAAAGAAAACACAUUUCGACAAAGAAAAUUACUGCUUUAGCACUUCUCUGUGGACUCUUAUGGAUCCCAGCUGGGCACUGUAUGAGCCUGGGGUGGGGUCUGUAUGUGUGUGUGUGUGUGCAAGUGUGUGUAUGUUUGUACUUGUGUGUCCUUGCAUGUGUGUGUGUAUGUGUGUGUGUGAUUCAAUGAGCAAGCUGGAUAUGUGAAUCCGAGCAAUGCCCUGAAGUGUGAUUGCUGAAUAGGCAACGGGAGGGAUGUGGAAAGAAAAUAAGAACACAACAAACAUGGCAGUCAUCGUGUCUAAACAUGGCCGACAGACUGUUUUUCAAUGUCAUCUCCCCCUGUUCUAGUGCCUGCCUUUGUGUUGUUCAUGUCCACGGACACUUAGCCUAGGUCAAACCAAACGAACCUGCACCUCCGCAUGCCACAGCCAACAAAUCCCAGAAUGCACUUGUUUUACUUGUUUUGGCUUGCCAAAGAAUAUCAAAUCACAGGAUCAUUCGCAAAGGUCCCUCUGAAGCUGAUUGGCCAAUGUGAGUGGAAGGCGGGGCUUCUGCACCAUGUGGCCUAUGGUAGUCAACCAGCGGCGGGUUCUUUGCAGGAAAUGGGAGGCCUCUGACGGCAGUUGUAGUCCCUCGGGUUUGUCAUGCAGUGCAACACAAGAGAGACUGUUCAACAGGUCAUUUAAACACAUCUUUUAAAAAAAAAAUGCACACAGUGUGGAUGUGUGUAUCAUAAUGUCUCACUGAGUGUGCCUCUGUAUGCGAGAAAAGAGACUGUUUCAGCUUCCUCAAAUCAGAAUGUGGAAUAUGUCACUUCCUCUGUUAUAUGCAUCUUAUUGGCUGUGAAAAGUGUGUGCGUGUGUGUGUGUACGCGAGUAUGUGCGCGAGUAUGUGCUCAGCUUCACAGGCGUGUGCAUGUAUACAUCUGUGUGUGUAGAUGUAUGCUAGUAUUUUUAUGUAUCUCUGUCAUGUACUUUGCGGGAGUGACUGUAUGAAAGGUGUGUUGGUGUAUGUAUGUGUGUGAUGUGGUAGCAUGCACUGGGCUCUCAAUGUGCUCAACCAUAAACCGUCUGAAGAGCCAGUGAGGCUUGACGAUAUUAUUUAAACUCUUCUUUUCUUAGAGUUGUAUAUCCAUUUGUAAAAUAUAUUAAAGAGGAAUUAUACUAUGGGAGGCA